AUGGACACGGUUCAGGCUAUCAUCCAGCAGCAGAUCGAGGCGGGAACCUUCCUUCAAUCUGUGCAGCAAGGACAACAGGCUCAGCAAGAGCAGGCGGAUUACGAGGAAGAGGAGUACGAGGACGAGGAGGGACUCUACGUAAGUGCACAGAAAUGAGCCGCUUCCUGAUCGAAUCGUUUUAGAAAGGCAAACGGAGCAACAUUCUGCCGAUCUGGGGAAAUCAGGUGACGAUGAAUCUGAACACGCUCGUGCUCGAAAACAUCCGCGAGAGCUACUACUACAAGAACAAUCUGGUGGAGAUCGACUCGUUCCAGACGCUCGUCGAACAGAUCUUCUACCAAGUCAAGCAUCUCGAGCCGUGGGAGAAAGGAACUCGCCGUCUGCAGGGCAUGACCGGAAUGUGCGGCGGCGUGAGAGGCGUCGGCGCGGGCGGAGUCGUCAGCUCCGCCUUUUGUCUGCUCUACAGACUGUUCAACCUGCGCAUCACUCGGAAACAACUGAUUAGCAUGCUCAACAGCCGGCAGUCCGUCUACAUACGUGGCAUCGGAUUCAUGUACAUUCGGUACACUCAGCCGCCUGCCGACCUUUGGUACUGGCUCGAACCCUAUCUGGACGAUGAGUCGGAGAUCGACCCGCGCUCCGGUGGAGGAGAUCUGAUGACGUUCGGCCAAAUGGUGCGGACGAUGAUCAAUAAACUCGACUGGUACGGGACACUGUUCCCCCGGAUCCCGGUUCCCAUUCAAAAAGAGAUCGACGAGAAGUUCGCGGAGCGGAAGAAGCAGCAGAUUCAGGAAGAGGAGGAGUGGCAGGCCGGACAGGCCGGACUCGCACCGCCCGUGGUCGAGGAGCCCGCGCCGACGGAACCGGGAGCGAAACUUCCGAAGGUAUCCAAGUGCAAACAUCAUCUGCGACGUCACCACUGCAGAAAACAUCGUAAGAGUUGCCCGGCGAAAGCAAAAAGGUGGCGGAAAGAGUGGGAUUUAGUCAAUAAUAAUUGAAUCUUUCAGAUUGCGAGAGGAGAAAGAGAAGCAGAAAAAGGAGCUGAAAGAGUAAGUUACCAACCUUAUACUUUUCGGAAAUGUCCUUUUGCUCGAAAGUUCGGAUCGCUUCGACCAGUUCAGUCGGCGUGGUUCCCACGUCUUCACAGAAGCACUCGAUCUGAAAGAAGACGUAUAGACGGGGAAUUACGAGGGAGCUUAGAUACCAGAGUAUCAAUUAGUUGAGAGUACUCUUUGUGCGUCUCGUAGUAGAUUUCAGUCUCCAUUUGCUGCCGGUCAAACACUAAAAAUGUUGAACUGCAAAUAAUCCCACGGAUUGUUGCCUACCGACAGACUGGGAUUCAAUGAAAGAAGCGAUGGGAAUCGACCAGAUGGAAGAGGUGAUAAAGUCGAGAAACUUCGAGAGCAGCUUUUUAUUCUUCCGAGCAUUCUCGUCCGACGACGACGAUGAGCCCUCCGACGGAUUCUUGUUCUUUCUAGAGAAUCGGCGAAGCAUUGCACAAAGACUGAAAAAAGGAGAAGCCGAAGUGUGAGGAAUGAAAGCGGCGGCGGUUGUCACGGAGACACAAUGUCUAAUGGACACGCCUUCCCCCUGCUCUCUUCGUUUCCUCCCUCUCCGGCCGCGUGCUCCUGCCUCUGGCUCUUUUCUUUCCCAUUCUCAGGCUUCCGAGCUAGAUGGAAAAACAGAAAGAAAGAGUGCGGGACAAAAUUGUUAUUAUAUAUAUAAACGGAAAACGCAGUUUAUUGCUGAAUGUGGGACUUAGUCGAAAACGUCGCCGCGAUGCUUGGGAUACGUGUAGUUGAGCUCUCCGGUGUCACUGAUCUCGAAAGCUUCCACUUCGUAGUCGACGAGAAAAUAGAAAGGACGACGAUGGCGGCGAGGAUGGAAGAGCGUCGCCGAGAGGGCUGAAUUCAUAAGUUGGGAUCAAAGCUCAACUUUAGGUCUAGUUGCUUUUAUCCAUCAUCCGACCAGAUUUCAAAUUUAAGCUCAAUUGGGUUGUCUGGUGUUGCAAAAUACUGAAAGGCUAGUGACUUAAAAACGUUUCAGAUUUUCACAAUUAUAUUUCAUUGGGAUGAUCUAAUCGAACUGAAACUUUCACUAGAGAUAUUUAAAUCUAAAUCGAACAACUCGAAGUCGAAAUGGGUUUCAUACUAAUUAUAUCGAAAAAGUAAAUUCAAACUGGGUUUUCAAAGUCCGUUGUCUAGCCAUGUCUCACCGGGAAAAAGUACAAAUGCGAGCAGCAAUAUGAGAAAGAAUCUAUCCAUUUCGGAAUGUUUAGUCGAUCUGAAAUCUGUGGCUUCCUGCCCGCUUCAUCUGUCCCUCCUCCUUCCGAAUUCCCUUUCCAACCCCAUCAUUCUGCUUCCGCAUGAACACUUUUAAAGCGAAUAGCAAAAAGAAACAAAACGACUGUUAUAGCUGUACAUUUGAGAAAGCCGGAUCUUCAUGAAACUCGUCUGAAAUGUAUCAUUUUUCAGAUGA